CAGAUUCAAAUUGAAAAAUAGAAAAAAGGAAAGGAAAAUUUAAAGAGAAAAAAAAAAAAAACAAACAAAAAAGGAGACGAAGAAAUGAAAGAAGAAAAGUAGGAAACAUUUCUUUGGUUUCUUCCUCCUCCUUCAUCUUCUUGCAGUUUCAUCUCUUCUGCUGCAUCCCUCUCGAUCUCUCCCUCUCUCUUUCUCCUCCGCACACCGCACCGCCAGCCCUCCAUUUCUGAGCUACCGGUUGCUUUGUUUCUUCCUUUUCGGCAACGGCGUUAAGCGCACCCCCCCCCCCCCAACGCCUUCUCGGCUAACCGGCUGUCACUUCAUCCAAUCAGUGGCCAACAGAUCGUUGACGUGUAUUUCCCUCUGUUCGAAGAGUAUCAGUACUGACGCACUUGAGAUCGGACCUUGGAAACACUCGAUGAUGAUCUUAAUUUAAGGAAUUUUUUCUACGGUGCAAAUAUCUGCAGCAUCCACCACUUGUUUGACCUCUGAUCGUUUUACCCACUCGGUUUCAACCUCGCAUCUCUGAGUUCGAAGGAAUUCGAACACCGUCCAUCUGUAUUAAACGCCUUUAAAGAUCAUCACUGCAUUUUCUUUGUUGUUCCCUUCCCCAAUCUUCCACCUCAUUUAGAACUUCCUCGAUUGGUAAACAAUCUCUGAAGCGAUCAAUUGGAGGGAUUCUUGGUCUUGGACCAUGUCGUUCUCUGAUUCCGAUUCAUCUUCUUAUGGGGGUGAUUAUAAAAAUUUCAGGCAAAUCAGUCGUGAUCGAUUGCUGCAUGAGAUGCUUCGCUCAGCUAAAACCGGAGAUUCCAAAUCAACAUGGAAGGUUCUCAUCAUGGACAAACUUACCGUCAAGAUAAUGUCAUACUCAUGCAAGAUGGCUGAUAUCACAGACGAAGGUGUUUCAUUGGUAGAAGACAUAUACAGACGAAGGCAGCCACUGCCGUCCAUGGAUGCUAUCUAUUUCAUUCAGCCUUCUCGAGAGAAUGUUAUCAUGUUCCUUUCAGACAUGUCAGGGAGGUCCCCUUUAUACCGGAAGGCAUUUGUUUUCUUCAGUUCACCUAUAUCGAAAGAAUUAGUCACUCACAUCAAGAGGGAUUCAACUGUUUUACCUCGCAUAGCUGCCCUAAAAGAGAUGAAUUUGGAGUACUUUGCUAUAGACAGCCAGGGUUUUACCACCAACAAUGAGAAAGCUUUGGAGGAACUUUUUUGUGAUGACGAGAGUUCUCAAAAAGGUGUAGCGUGCUUGAAUGAGAUGGCCAUCCGUGUUGGCACAGUUUUUGCAUCAUUAAGGGAAUUUCCUUUUGUUCGGUACCGAGCUGCCAAGUCCCUAGAUGCAACUACAAUGACAACUUUUCGUGAUCUCAUUCCUACUAAAGUUGCUGCUGGUGUCUAUGACUGUAUAACGAAAUAUAAGAAGACAAUUCCUGAUUUUCCUCAGUCAGAAACAUGCGAGCUAUUGAUUCUUGAUCGAUCUAUAGAUCAGAUUGCUCCUGUUAUUCAUGAAUGGACAUAUGAUGCAAUGUGUCGUGAUUUGCUUAGUAUGGAGGGGAAUAAAUAUGUUCAUGAGGUUCCCAGCAAAGUUGGAGGUCCACCAGAGAAGAAAGAGGUUCUUUUGGAGGACCAUGAUCCGGUUUGGCUUGAGCUUCGCCAUGCACACAUUGCAGAUGCAAGUGAGCGAUUGCAUGAGAAGAUGACCAACUUUGUUUCCAAAAAUAAGGCUGCACAAAUUCAUCAAGGUUCAAGAAAUAGUAGUGAACUUUCCACACGGGAUUUGCAAAAGAUGGUUCAAGCAUUGCCACAAUACAGCGAACAAAUCGACAAGCUCUCUCUACAUGUGGAGAUUGCAGUAAAAUUAAACAAGUUCAUCAAGGAACAGGGGCUCAGAGAACUAGGACAAAUUGAGCAGGAUCUUGUUUUUGGAGAUGCAGGAACAAAGGAAGUAAUAAAAUUUUUGACAACAAAUGAGGAUGCAAGUCGUGAAAAUAAGUUACGGUUAUUGAUGAUUCUUGCAGCCAUUUAUCCUGAGAAAUUCGAGGGUGAGAAAGGUCAAAAUUUAAUGAAGUUAGCAAAACUACCACCAGAGGAUAUGAGUGCUGUUACGAACAUGAGAUUACUUGGUGCUGCACCUGAUAGCAAAAAAAGCUCAUUAGGGUCAUUUUCUUUGAAGUUUGAUAUUCAUAAGAAGAAGCGUGCAGUUAGGAAGCAACAAAAUGGUGGAGAAGAAACGUGGCAGUUAUCGCGGUUUUAUCCCAUGAUAGAGGAACUGAUUGAAAAACUUAGCAAAGGUGAAUUAUCCAAGGAUGAUUAUCCAUGUCUAAAUGACCCCAGUCCAACUUACCAUGGACCAUCUCAUACUGCAGCAGUUCAGCCACCUCCGGCUGCUCAUUCAAUGAGAUCAAGACGGACUCCAACAUGGGCCCGACCUCGUGCUUCCGAUGAUGGAUACUCAAGUGAUUCAAUACUGAGGCAUGCAUCUAGUGAUUUCAAGAAGAUGGGGCAGCGUAUCUUUGUAUUUAUUGUAGGUGGAGCAACUAGGUCGGAGCUUAGAGUUUGUCACAAGCUUACAGCAAAGUUGAAGAGAGAAGUAGUUUUAGGUUCAACAAGCAUCGAUGAUCCUCCUCAAUUUAUUACGAAGCUUAAGAUGUUGACUGCACAUGAGCUCUCAUUGGAUGAUCUCCAGAUAUGAUGAUUAGAAGCAGCCUCUUCUCUGCUCUUCAGCGCUUUGUAACUAGUCUGUUGGUUGAUUUUUUUUUUUUUUUUUUGCCUCUUUAAGCUUUAGUUUUAUUGCUAGUUUGUCAUGAUCUUGUGAUGAACUUUUAGCUUGUGCAUAUUGCAUAAUGUAACAUGUUUUACAUUCGUAUAUUGUAACAUUUCUUAAUAGAUAAGAUACGAUUGAAACUGUGCCUUCCCAUUAUUACCCAUAGUUCACACGAUUGAAGGAAAAAACUAAUUGUGUAAAUUUUUGGGAAGCAAAUAUAAUCAAUUCGUGUUGUUUGAUUUA